AUGGCUUCGCGACUCCUUGAACUCCCACGGGAGAUCCGAGAUCUUAUCUAUGAUUAUGUCCUUGUACGCGAUGAUAUUCCGGUCCAAUGUGCAGCCAUCCUAUCGGAAGUCGCAGCUAGCCGUAGCCCUGGGAUUUGUAGACAGCUCGACAAGAACUACCCGUUGAGACGCAUACGCGCCACGCGCCGCAUUUGGUACAUACCUCGCUUCGAUAUUGGUCUGACCUCCGCGGCGAACGAUUCAGGGGAAUUGAGGAACAUCCAAAUGACGUACCAACUGGGAAUGCCAUCAGAUAUGCCGUCCAGCCACAGGAUAGAAAUUCGGCUGUUGCAAACAUGCCGACAAAUUUACCACGAAGCUAGGAAGUCCUUCUACGGAAAAAAUCUGUUUAGCUUUACAGCAGACUUUAGCGUCCCGACUGCGUUCGCGUUCCUGUGCGACAGGCCUGCCACAUCCCUGAAGCUUAUCUCGUCAAUCAAGCUUGGUUUGGUGGAGGCGAGCAAUUUGAGAGGCACUAUAGGAGCUCAUUAUCCUGUGCUUCGCAGGUCAACAGACUCGCUGGUGUUGCAAUUCGCUUACAACCACUUCACGGAUCUUUGUACUCUACUAUCCACUUCGCGCAUGGAUUUGCGGCGGCUACAUCUUAGCAUCAGCAGUUUACAUCAACGAUAUGACGUAGCUCCUUCUUUGGUCAAAGAAUUUCCCCGCUGUUCAAAUGCCUCUCUCACUUCUUCCUCCCCCUUUCCAACGGCUAUGAUGGCAUAUAACCUCGUUGAUCCUGUGUCAAACAAGACACUUAUCGCGUUGAUAGCACUGAUCACCCAUUCUAUUGUUCACCGUGGCGAGUGGGAUAACACCUUCCAUAUAGUCAUCGGCAUCUGGGUCAUCCUUUUUGGAAGUGUUGCAUGUUUCGAAUAUAUAGCCGCUACGAGUGCCAGGAAUGUGAGCAUUGCAAUCGAGCUCGCAGCAAGGACAGCUUCGCUCUAUUUCGCCAUCCUGGUGGCCAGUAUACUGCUACAUAGAGGGUUGUAUCAUCGCUUGCGAAAGAUCCCAGGGCCUUUUUUUGCACGAUUCUCGAAAUCGUACGGCAUUAUCGCCGGUGUUCUUUCUACCAAUUUUCAAUACUUCAAAUGGCUUGAGUCUUUACACAAACACUAUGGAGUGGAUGUCAUCAGAACUGGUCCUCGGGAGGUCACUAUCUACUGUGCGGAUGCAAUUGCUUUGGUCCAUGGACCCACUUCCAAGUGCAGCAAAAGUACUAUUUACUCAACCACAGGGGAAGUUGCAGGCCGGGCUCUUCACUUCACAACGAACAAGGACGAACACCGACAAAGGCGCAAGGUCUGGGACCGUGCGUUCAAUGCUAAAGCCCUCCGCGAGUACGAGCCUCGUUUGAACCGGCAUGCACUUGCUCUCAUAUUGAGACUCAAAGAGCAAGCCACAUUACCCUCAGUGCGAAUUACAAACUGGGUAAACUUUUACAGCUUUGAUGUAAUGGGCGAUAUCGGCUUCAACCGCAGCUUUGGCAUGGUGGAGUCGGGUGAAGAAGCUCAUGUUAUCAAGCUGUUGCACGAUAGUCAGGCACCAUUGAGUGUCCUUGCACAUAUUAGUUGGGCUAUGCGCCUCAUCGCACGAACACCAAUUGGAUCCCAGGCUCUCUUUGAGCACAUGGACUGGAGCGCUAAAGUUCUUGAAGAGCGAAAGAAGAAUACUCCUAAAGAAAAAGACGUCUUCUCUUGUUUGCUAAAUCCGAAUGAGGACCAGGUAACCCCUGAAAUGAACGCUGACUCACGACUUCUUAUCAUAGCUGGCAGUGAUACUGUCUCUGCGACGCUAUCUUACCUGUUGUAUGAGUUGUGUAAGAAUCUCACAGUUCAAGCCAAACUUCGCGCUACUAUUGAUACGAUUAAACCGGAGAAAGCGCAUCUCGACGUCGAAGAUGUUGCUGAAUGUGCAUAUCUAGAUGGGGUUAUCAACGAGACUUUACGCCUACACCCUGCUACUCCAUCUGGCCCUCAGCGUGAGACGCCGCCCGAAGGUCUCACUCUACCUGACAGCACGUACAUACCUGGCAAGGUCAACGUCUGGAUUCCUAUCUAUAGUUUGCAACGCGAUCCACGCUACUGGAUGGAUCCUCUUUCCUUCAUGCCUGAGCGAUGGACUGAUGAGAGGCCCGAUGCCACUAUUGAGAAACGCGCUUUUCUACCCUUCCUUACUGGACCUUAUAACUGCAUCGGCCAGAAGCUGGCCAUGAUGGAGUUACGUAGUGUUACGGCUAACUUAGUUCGAUCAUUCGAAAUCACCUUUGCGGAUGGUGAAAAUGGAAGCACUAUCGAGAACGAGAGUCGAGACUGCUUUACGAUGACUGUAGGAAAGUUGGAUGUCAGACUCAAGCCACGCGCCAUUCCUGGAGCAAUAGUCAACAAAUCUACCAUGGCCAAACUCAACAUUCUGCGACCAUCUACCAAGAUCUACAACGAACAGAUACAUGGUUUGUCCGCAUAUUUUUGGGGUACCUUUUCCAACUUCGAUCCUGACGUUGUCGACCUCAAUAAGGACGGCAUCACUUACGAGAAUGGGGAUCAUUACUUUGUCCUAGUUCAGCUGUUCCCAGUACUUGAGCUAAAGAGUAAUAGUGGUAGCAGUAUAGUGAAAGACUGUGGAUUAAUCGUCAUAUAUACAGGCAUUAUCGUGCCUUUGGUGGACCAACUACUAACAAAUCCUGCAAUCAACAAAACAACCGAUAUAAUUCUACCUAUCUUUUAUCUUACCAUGAAUACUAGAUCAUACCGAAAAUCACUUGAACUCAAACCUCCUAAAGAGCUGCGUCGCUGGAACUAUGAUGAGGAGAAUAGGCUCCUCUACCUUAUCAGAGUAGAAGAGAAAACUUACAAAGAAGCAGCAACCAGUCUGAACCGUUCCAUACAAUCUGUACAACACCGUUAUUCAAUUAUCCGACAGAGGGACGAAAGCGCUUCCAUAUCCUGGACUGCCGAACUCGAUUCCGCAAUAAUUGAUGGCAGACGCCGUAGGCUGACUCCCAAUGAGAUUGCCCAGGAGAUCAACAUACCGGAAAAAGCCAUUCAAUCUCGAUGGCAAGCCCUCCGGGCCGCGAAGAAAGUCCCCGAAGACGUUCUUGCCCUUCGGCGGCGCAAACCACAUCGUGAUUUUACUCCCCAGGAAGACGAAACGAUUUUAAAUCUCUAUGUAGGAGGGAAUGAUGAUAAGGAGAUAGCGGUACUUGCGGGUAUCGAAGGGAAGAGUCAGACGGAGAUUAUGAUAAGAAGACGGAAGCUGGUAGCUGAGAGUUCACCGAUAUAUAGAAGAUUGAUUGAAGAACAGCUGCAUGAAACGGGGAAGGCGGAUCUUACUAACGAGAAGAAAGAAAAGAUAGAUACACUGGAAUUGGCGGUGAACAGACAGAAGUAUGGAUGGAUGGAUGAAGUAGACAAGGACAACGGUCCGGCAUUGGGCUAA